AUUGUCAAGAUCUUACAGAAUCGGAUGAUAGCCUUAUGAAUCCGGCAAUAGAAGAAGCUCAAAAUGUUGAGAACUUUGAGUGUUCUUCAAAUAUUAAUCAAGAUGAAAAUUCAUUUCAAUUCCAACAUAAUUAUGGCCGGGUAGUGAGCCAUAACGUAAAUACCCAGAAACAAAAUUUAUCCAAUUAUAUUGAUUCACCAUUCGAAGCUGAAAAUCAAUAUUACCAAUAUUCAAAUAAUGUAGAUGAUAAACUACAUAACAAUUUGUUUGCGAAUAAUGCAAGAUAUCAAUCAGGUUUAAUAGAUUUAAAUAGCACUAACAAAAAUGGCUCUAAUUACCUUCCAAAUCAAUAUAAUUAUAGUCAAGUAGUUAAUUAUAACACUUCAUUUGACUCAAAUCCUUCAGAUUUGCAAUUCAAAUUAUAUCUCUUCCAAUUGAUUCAUUCACCUUUUUCUUCUCCAACUUCUCCUCCAACUCCUUUUCCAAACAUCUCUCCAACUACCUAUUCAAUUACCUCUUCAAUUAAUAAAAGUGACUCUCCACUUAGUAAAAAUUUUAAAGAAGUUAAAAGACAACUAAGUGUACCUCGCAACAAAUCCUCACCACUUAGUAAAAAUUUUAAAGAAGUUAAAAGACAACUAAGCGCACUUAAUGAAAAUUACCCUCCACUUAGUCAAAAUUUUAAUGAAGAUAAAAGACAACUAAGCGUAACAUAUAUGACAAAUGAGUCCUUUAGUGAUUAUCAUGAUUCUGACGGGAUUACUAUCUCUAAUAAUCAAAGGUUGAUAUCUAUUCAUGACACUACUCAAAUGGUAAAUGAUUCGAAUAUGAAUCUUGAAUUCGAUCCUAAGUACCAUUUUCGUGAUGCAAUUGAGGGUCAUAAAUAUUUUAAAGUAGAUCAAAAUGUAAACAUUAGUUACGAGAGUGACCUUGCCGAAUGCAUUCCUGGCUUAUAUCGUUUACUUGAUUUAUGUAAAGAUGACGGGUCAAAUGGACUUGGUACUUAA